AUGGGAAUUAAGGACCAUGGAUACUAUGGCUACGCCUUUGUCGGCGCUCGGCCACUUCAAUUCGUUUCUCUUGUUGCUGUACUCGGCCUGGUAGCCAACUUCAUCUCCCUCAUUGCUCGAGUCAAGCAAAAGGCCCCCCAAGAGCUGGUCGCAACGCUCGUUAUUACAUGCAUUUCCGUCCUAUGGACACUUCUCUCGUUCACGGCCUAUCAUGACACCCAUAUCCCAUAUAUCGUGACGGCCGUGGUAGACCUUCUCUUCCUCAUUCCCUUCAUUGUCAUCGCAGUCGUGCUAGGCCAGCCACUCUCCUACACAACAUGCUCGGAGCUUCCCAAGCACGCCAAGCAGAACAGCUACCUAGCAGUGCCGCUGACUACCAAGAACAAUGGUGCCGUCAGCUAUGUCUUCUUCGUUGGCGGCGAGCAGACCACCUGUUACGAGAUCAUGGCUGUCUGGGGUCUCAUGAUUGCCCUCUGCGUACUGUUCGCUAUCAGUGCCAUCGCGGCCGGCUUCCUGUUCCUCGGCAAGAGGCGUGCCACGGCGGCAGCAGCAGCAGAGGCUGACUUCGAGAUGGCGCCUAAGGCGUGGUCUGAUUCCGCCAGCUUUCCACCGCCACCCAGCGAGUCCGGCAGCUAUGUGCCUCCGCUGUACAGCCGUCCUGCUACUCCGGCAGGUGGACCGCGCUACGACGCAUAG